AUGCAAUGGAAUGGUGUCCAUAUUUUACAGCUGAUCUCUUCCUGUGAGAUUGAUGAGGAGACUGAGAAUGUUAAUGCUGCUUUAGAGUAUGGUUAUGAUAAAGAAGAUUUAAUUGCUCUGGAUUUUAAUACUCUGACAUGGAUUGCUCUAAAACCAGAAGCCAUACCAUUUAAAAGAGUGUGGGACACUGAAAAAGAGAGAAAUUUGUUCGAUCAGAAAAUUCUCAUGCAGAUGUGCCCUGAAUGGCUAAAGACAAUACUGAACACAGGGAAGAACUUUCUACUGAGAACAGAGCAUCCGUCCUUGUCUCUGCUGCAGAAGACUCCUUCUAGUCCAGUCAGCUGCCACGCUACAGGUUUCUAUCCUAAAAGCGCCCUGAUGUUCUGGAAGAAAGAUGGGGAGGAAAUUCACGAGCAUGUGGAACAUGGAGAGAUCCUUCCGAACAAUGAUGGGACCUUCCAGAUGACGGUUUACCUGAACAUCUCCUCAAUCAGUCUUGAUGACUGGAAGAGAUAUGUCUGCGUAUUUAAGUUCCUUGACAAAGAGGAAGAAAACAUCCAACUGGAUGAAGCAGAGAUAAAAACCAAUAGAGCUUUGUUCACAGAGAGGCAGAGUAACAAAACUGCUCCCAUCAUAGCUGUAGCAAUUUCUUUUGUUCUUGUUUCCAUUGGUGCUGCUGGAUAUGUGGUCUAUAAAAAGAAAAUAGUUCCAGAGGGGAGAUUGGAGCUUCUUGAGCCACUGAACUCAGAGGCCUGAUCAACAAACUGUUGCCCGAUGUGGGGAUUUUUUAUGACUUCUGUCUGAAAUAAAAUAAACAGUUAUACUUUCUUUCUGUACAAGUGCUUCAGAGAUUAGGCUCUUUUACAGACCUAAGUUAAACAAAGUUUUAUCUUUGUUAAAACCUGUUUUGUUUUUUUAACCACAUAUCAGAUUAAAGCUAAAACUUGUUAAACCUGGUUUGAUCUAAUCCCAGUUUCAGUUCAGAGCAGGUCAAAUUAGUCACAUGGUGAAACUUCAUGAAGGAAAAAAAUGACUUUCUAAAAACAAACAGACCUUAGAUUUGAGGCUGAAGAAGGAAACAAAGAAAACAUGCUUUGUCUUUAAGAAAUUCCUACAUUCAUAAUGAAGUAGAAUCUGUGGUCAGAUGCUGGCAGCCUCCCAGAAGCAGUUUUAGUUACUUUUUUCAGUCACUUCCUGGCAAGCAAGUGAUUUUUUGGCUGCAGGCAUUUCGGCCAGUUAGGUUGUA